AUGGCGUGGGGCAUGCUGGGGGGGGGGGGAGGGGGAGCAGGAGGAGCGGGCGCAGGGCGAGGGGGAGGCGGCGGCGCAGCAGGGGCAGCAGCAGUUCCGCCGCCGCCGCCCGCGCCUCCCGCAGCUGGCGGAAAGGACAGCGGAGGCCGCGCGGAUUCCUCAGGGCGGUGGCGGCAGGGGGAGGCGGACGGCUGCAGCAAGUCGUCCAGUAGCGGGAGCGGACUGGUUUCCCCCGAUUUGAGCACCACGGGGGGAAGCAGCAGCGAGGAGAGGUCGUCCGCGGGCGGGGGGGAGCACGAGGCGGAGUGUAACGGUAACGGGGUUCUCCAUACGGAGGAUAGGCGGAGCGAAGAGUCUUCCUCUUCCGAGCAAGGGGCGGAGGGGGAAAAAGCGGGGGAGGCAGACGCGGAGAGGGCGGAGAGAGGCGGGAGUCCGGGGAAGGCUGCGGGGGAGGGGGGCGCAGGUGGGGCGGGAGGCGGGGGGAGCGUGUGGUCGGUGCGCAGUGCCAAUGUGUCAUUUGCUGCGGUUUUGCUGGGGAAGGCGGAGGAAGGCGCGGCUGCUGGGGGAAGUCCUGAAGGCGCGGAGGGCACAGCGGGAGUGCCCUCAGGGGGAGGCGCGGGAGAGAUUGGCGGAGGGGCAGGGGGAGUUGCAGGCGGAGCAGGCGCAGCAGGGGUGGCGGAGGCGAGCAAGGAAGAACCCCGCUCUGACUCAGCUAGCGCUUCUGCUAGCACUGACGCACCGGCUUCUGUGGCAGGAGCAACAGCACCAGCGCCAGGGGAAACCCGCUCGAGUAGCCCUCCAAAAGAGGGUAAACCAGCGGCUAAAGCCCCGAGUGCGAGCGGGGAGAAGGCUGGGGACGAGGAGGAGGAGGGGUGGAUUAAAGUGUCUAGCGGAACCAAGGAGAAGGCGCAAGGGCGGGGCGGAGCAGGGGGAGCGGCGGGAGCUGCUGCGGGGGCGGGCGGAAGGGGGGGGCGGAGGGCGACUGGGGAGGAGAAACCCGCGGGUGUGUGGGUGAAGAGGGGGGCGCCUGCUGCAGGAGGGGGCAAGGAAGGCAAGGGCGGGGGAAAGAAGGGGGCGGGCAAAGGGGCGGAUAGGACCGCAGGGGGUGCACCUAUUGCUGGUGUGGGGGCUGCUGCUGGUGCAACGGGUGGUGCUACAGGCGGUGCUGCGUCUACCACGGCUGUAGCAGCCCGCGCUGGUGGGGAGGACGGGCAGGCAGCAGGUGCCUCUACCGGCGCUGGCGCUGGCGCUGCUACAGCCGCGAACGACGCAGCUGCUGCUGCUACAGCCGCGGAUGGGAAACCGCUGGCAGCGGCACCACAGGCGGCGAGGUCUCGGCGCCCGGCGUGGCAGGGGAACGACGCGGCCAUACUGAAGCGUCUGGGCGACAGUGGGGCGGGGCAGGGAAGUGCAGGGCAGGCAGGCGGUGGCUCUGGGUCAGCUGAAGGGAGAAGCCAGAAGCACCAGGGGUCGCAGUCUCAUGGCGCUGGUGGUGGUUCUACCAGUGGGAAGCAGGACGGGCAGAGGCAGCAGCAGGGGCAGCAGGGCAGGGGUGGGAAGCAGGCUGGUGCGGGUGCGGGUGCAGGGGAGAAGGGAAAGGAUGGGAGGAAGGGGGGAAGUGGGCGGCACGAUGGGGCUGCAGAAGGGAGUGCUGCUGCUGAGAGUGGUAAGGCAGGGGAUAAGGAAGAGGGGGUGGAGAAGGAAGGUGGGUGUGAGAAACCCGGGGAGGGUGGGACGGCGGGACAGAAGGGGAAGACCCAGGGGGGUGAGAGUGAGGGUGGUGCUAGGAAGAACAGUGGUGGUGGAGCGGGGACAAGAGGGGCGCCUGCGCCUGGGGGAAGCAGCGCUGCUGCUGGCGCUGGGGGGGGCAGAGGAGGCGGGUAUCGGCACGGGGGAGCAGCAGCUGCUGCUGGGGCAGCAGGAACAGGGGCAGGGGCAGCAGCGGGGGUGAGGCAGGCUGGAGGUGGCGUUGUUGCUGGUGCCUCUGCAGCUGCUGCGGCGGCGGCGGCUGCAGCAGCUUCUUUGAGCGGCGUUGGUUCCGCUGCAGCUGUGGCUGGUGCUGCUGGUGCUGCUGGUGCUGCUGGUGCUGCUGCUCCUGCAGCAGCAGGGCAAGGACGUGGCGUUAUUCCUGCAGCAGCAGCAGCAGCACCAGCAGCAGCAGCAUCCGUUAUUCCAGGCCCCCCUUUCCACACAGGAGCUGCAGGUGUCCUCCCUGGGGCCGCUCCUCCCUCCUCUCUCUACCACCCUCUCCCCUUCACUCCACUCACUCACGCCGCAGGCCAAACCCCCCUCCACCCGCACGCCAACCCCCACGCCCACCCCCGCGCCCACCCCCACCCGCACCCACUCCCGCACCUGCAUCCGCGCAUGCUAGCCGUGCCGAUUGCAGGGUUCCCCGCGUUCCCAGUGCCGCCAGCUGCACUGCUGCAAAACGCGGCGGCGCUGCACGGGGAGGUGCUGGCGUAUGCAGAGGAGGUGCGGCCGCCCAGGGAGGCGCGGGUCAGCGCGGAGCAGGCAGUGGCGUGUGUCAGGCGGACGGUCAGGUCGCUUUGGGAAGGAGCUGACGUUGAGGUGUUUGGUUCAUUUGCCACUGGCCUUGCCCUCGCUCACAGCGACGUUGACGUGGCAGUGAUUAACGCACCUCCUCCACCCGCUGACCUACCAGAGCUUGCGACCCUGUCAGGUGCGCGCAUCAGUGCGCCGCUCAUCCGGCAGCUAGCAGCUGCGCUGAAGAAGCAGCCGUGGUGUGAGAGCCUGCACACCAUUGAAACCGCCCGCAUCCCCGUCAUCAAACUCAAGUGCCGCCCGCUGCCGCCCGCUGCUGCUGAAGGAGCAGAGGAAGAGAAGGAGAAGGCCCCGUCGUCGACUCCUGAGCGGGGUGCUGGGUCUGCAGGUUCCACAGAGGGGAGCGGUGGGGGGUCGGUGGGAGAGAGCGAAGCAGGAGAGGCAAACGGCACAGCGGCGGCAGCAGCAGGCUCGGCAGCAGCAGGUUCGGCGCUGAAGCCGUCUGCUUCGGCGUCGGACCUGGUGGGGCCGAGCGUGCAGGGAGUGGUUCGGAUGGACAUCACAUUCUCCCUGUCGCGCCCCAGGGGCAUGGAGGUGGGGGAUGCUGCCAGCAGGGUGCUGGCUGGGAAGCUGGACGAGGCGGCUGCGGCUCACAACGGGUCGGCCGCCAGGGAGCUUGUGAUUGAACGCCUCAGGAAGAUGCCCGCCCUCGCCCCCCUGGUGCUGCUGAUGAAGUCCUACUUGCAUCACCGAGGACUGAAGGACGUCUACACUGGCGGGCUCGGCUCCUUCUCUCUGACCAUGAUGCUCGUGUUUUACCUCGAGAGAGCCCCUGUGGCAUGUGGCAUGGCGCCCCCUCCUGCUACUCCUGCUCCUGCUGAGGCAGCAGCCAAGUCACCAGGAUCCAAGUCUGCAGAUUCCAAGGUUGAGCAAGGCACUGGUGAUGCUGCUGCUGCUGUUUCAGCGGAAAAUGCGACUGCUUCAGAUAGUGUUACCACCGCCGCAGCUGCUGCUUUGGGCAGCGAUGAUGCCACUACUACUGCUGCUGCUGGUGAUGGUGCUGCCGGGUCUUCAGAUGCUGAUGCUGCAGCUGCCACAGAGGAGAAACCAUCAGCUGCCGAGAAUAGCAGCAGCAGUGGCAGCAGCAAGGCGGGUGAUGUGGCGGCAGUGACUGCUGCGGAUGGGCCUGUAAAGGGGGUGGUUGUGGACGACUUGCCAGGCUCGGCGCAGUCCGUACCUGUGCCGAACCUGGGAGUGCUGCUUAUCGGCUUCCUGCAUCUGUUUGGUCAGGAGAUCGACCUUUCUCGCGUGCGCCUCAUUCUCAGGGGUCUGAACGGCAUGCCGGGCGGCGUGUUCUGGAGGGACCCCUCCAUGCCGCCGGCUGCUCUCUGGAUUGACGAUCCGCUCCGCCCCGGCGCUAACAUCGGCUCCGGCUCGUUUGCUAUGUGGCACGUGCAGGCGGCCAUGCGGGAAAUGCUCCACGUCAUCUCCAAGCCAGUCGCUUCCCCGUCCACCACUGCUGCUGCCGCUCCAUCCCCACCAGCUGCUCUCCUUUCACACUCCCCGCCCAAGUCCCCACCCGCUGCUCCUGCUGCUGAUGGCAGUGCAGCAGCAGCAGAAACAACCCCCUCCUCCUCACCACUACCUGCUGCCCUCGCUGCUGCUGAUUCCACCCCUGCCGACGCUGCCACCACUGCUCCCACACCCGCUGCUGCUGCUGCUACUCCCCGUGUCUCCACCCCCUCCUCCAGCCCGCUCCUCUCGUCCGCAUCUCCCCUGCUCGCCUCCCCAUCCCGCCCCUCGCCCUCUCUCCUGGAACUCGCCUUCUCCACCCGCCUGCCCAUCACCCAGUCGCUCAAACCUGCCGAACUUGCAUUCCAUGCCUUGUCUGUCACUGCUCCUCCUCCUGCUCCUGCUGUUGCUCCUGCUCCUCUCUCUUCUGCUUCUGCUGCCUCUCUGUCUGUCGCUGCUGCGCCUUAUGUCUCGGCACCUGUUCCUGCUGCUGCAGCCGUCGCCGCGGCAGAGUAA